AUGCAGCGCCAGAAGCUCAGCAGAGCACGCCUGAGCAGCAGCAGCAGCUGCCGCCGGAGCAGAAGCUCUAUCGCAGCAGUAACAGUGCAGCAGCAGCACUGCAGCAGCUGCAGUGCAACAGCAGCAGUGCAGCAGCAGCAACAGCACUGCAGCAGCAGCAAAACAGCAGCAGCAGCAGCAGCAGCAGAAUGGCGCGGGAAACACCCCCGCGUUGGUGAACAGUUUGUUGACUUCGCUGUGCAACAUUUCGCCCUUCUUUUCUGUGCUCAGACUGAGGCUUACAAGAAGGCCAAAAGGCAGGCCCGCGCAGCAGCUCGACAGGCUCGACAAAUGAAAGAGGCGAAGGGCGUGCUGCUGGAGGGCCGCAAAAGCCUGUACAUGUCGCUGCAGCAAAACACGGGGGUUUCGUGGUUUAGGGGUUUGAGGGUUUUGAAGUUUUUGGAAAUGCACCAAGCAGCAAACCCUCCUUUGUCGCAGCAGCAGCAGCAGCAGCUAGCAGCAGCAGUGGCCCUCGCCAAACUCGGCCCCUGA